UGAAGACCAACACGCGCGCGCGACACUUAAUCGCACUAAUCUGUGCUGUUUCCAUAAGAGGUGAACCCGCCGAUAGUUCAAAAGCUCUACCCGCGCUCUGUAAUUAAGGCAUUAUGCGAGAAACAAAAACCAUUCAUGAUCUCAAAGAAGAGAUGAAAGAUUUUUUUGAAAAUGACAAUUGGCGAGGUGCUAUUAACUACUUGUGCGAUGGUGAGCAUAAGCCUUUGCUUCUUUGGCCGCGUCCUACGAAUGCAUCAAUUGACUUCAUCGACAACCACUUGAAAAGGCACAAAAUAAGCAAGCUAGUCAGCUUGGGUUGCGGGACCGGUUUGUUUGAAUGGAUCAUCAAAACUGCUAUUAGAGGAUUGACUGUUCUUGGUGUCGAGGUAGACAAAGAUUGGUGGACUUCAGCAUAUGCUCCACCAGUUUUUCACCAAUUAAACUAUCCAGACGACCAUGAAGUGAAAGAAGCGUUGUCAAGUGAAUCAACAGCUCUAUUAUUUUGCUAUUUUAAUUGCGAGCCCGCGUGGAGGCAAUAUUUGACCGAGUUUAAGGGAACAAUUGUGUUUGUGUGUGGCCCAGUUGAGGGAAGUGGGACACACAGCAAUCCGCAGCCAUUUCAGCCCCUCACGCCAGAAUGGACGCUCAUCGAUGGAAUGAAAAUGGAAAAUUCACAUGACGCUGUAGCCCUUUAUGUCAAAGUUUGAUAUGCUAAAUAAAGGUAAACGACGAGAUUUACAAUAGCGC